GAAAUUCAGCUUGACCUUUGGCAGAAGCUUUCAUGUAUGCAUACAGGUCCAGCCACUUCUUGGUGCUACGGCAGUGCUUCAGAACCGCUCUUGCUGGCUUACUGGCUUACAAUAAAAUCCAUUUGGCUGCGCGAUUUACCUCAAUUUCGCGUCGCAGCGUUUCAACAACAAAACAAAAUUUUCAUGCACAUGUCAUGCGGAUACGGUCUCGCCUCCGAGGCUCUGUUCUUCGCUCACGGUUGGCAGAUGCUGGCCAUCAUUUUCACAGGUUUCCUGCGGUGCUCUUUACAGAACUUCACCGUUUCCCCUCCUCCCCUACGCUCACACUGGCCAAUUGCUGGAUGCAUGCGCAAAAAGCACCCUUGCUUAUCUGGGAACAUUCACGGUAAACAGAAUAUCGCCAAAGAGCAAUGGACGUUGCACCAGCUACGCCGUCGGCAACAGCUAGGCGACAGCAACCAGCAACACCGGCAACCGCUUCGAACAGCGACCUCAUUGACUUCCCAACUCUUGGAACCGCAGAUGUAGCCAUCUUCUGGGAUUUCGAAAACGUACGGAUUCCAGCUUGGUGCCCCACCACCACUGCGUCAGAGGGUAUCCGUAACAAGGUAGCGAAAUAUGGGCGUAUUGUUGAGAAGAGGCUUUACUAUGAUUCUCGACAGCCCACAGAGUACACUGCACCCCGCGCUGAGCUUGACCUCAGUGGUUUUACGCUUGUGGACUGUCCAACUCGCAAUCGAAAAGAAACGUUGGACAAGAAGCUGAUUGUUGAUGUCCUGUGUUUUGCCUGGGAACGAGCAUCGCGGGGUGCAAAAGCAUGCGUGGUUCUCAUCACUUCAGAUGGUGAUUAUUCGUAUGCCCUUGCAAGGCUCCGGGACAUUGGAGUUUUUACUGUCAUAAUCUACCGCCCUGACAUUGUAGCCAAGGUUCUCAUUGACAAUGCCAACGUAGUCAUGUCAUGGGAAUAUGAUGUCUUGGGUGGACCUCCACAAGCUUCAGAAGAAGAUGACCAUGAAACAACUGGAACUCAAGACAAGGUGCCAAGUGUCGUGCGCAAGCUCACAUAUUAUGACCCUGGUUCCAGUGCAGAUGAUGGCGAGAACCAGUCUUCUUCCAGUGGGCCGAUUGUUGCAAAGCAGCCCAACGUUCAAACACGUGGAAAGUUUGCGUUGUUCUUCAGUGUUGUCCUGGAUGGUCAGCAUCGAAAUGUGAAGGAGGGCAUCAGUGUGUACUCAAGCUGGGCGGAAGAAGCGAAUAUCGCUUCAACUUUCUACUCAAAGGUUGGAGAGAAGGAUCGAGAUGCCUACAUCCACAUCCGCAACAUGGCAACACGUCAAAACUUUGUCGAGUGGGGAAGGCGGAAUCUAACUGCAAUUGGCAAGCCAGUGAUCAAAGUCAAAGAUCGCGACGAAAAAGCUGAAACUUUGUCACUGGAAACCUAUCUGAGACUGACCUACUCCGGCCUCGCCGUUUUGAAGCCCAACGUUGCUGCAACGGCAAACGAUUGGACGUUGGUUUUAACCAAAACCAACAAGCAGAAAGCAGAGAAUGACGGUUUGCGCAGCUACUUUGUUCAGUUUGGCCCAUUGGAUAAGGUUGCUGUAAUGGAGGGCCGUGGUUUUGGCUUUGUUUUCUUUCGAAACCACAAUGAUGCAGAGAUUGUCUUGAAAAAUGCGGGUCAUCAUUUCGUGGACAAGAAGUCGAUAGACGUCAAGCAAUACCAGAGGUAG